AUGAAGCUGGUGGUUCUAUUCAUGUUGGUUACCAUCCCCAUUUGCUGCUAUGCCAGUGGUUCUGGCUGCAGAAUCAUAGAUAAAAUUAUCAACAGUACAGUUGACCCAACUGUGUCUGAGAGUGCUUAUUUGGAAUUGCUUGAUUCAUAUGUACACGACCCUGCUACUGAAAAUGCUGUGAAGCAAUUCAAACAAUGUUUUCUAAUCCAGUCCGAGGAGACUCUGAUCGAUGCUCAAGUGAUGACGGAUGCAAUAUACAACAGCAAAGACUGUCCAAAGUCAUCGUAA